UUCAGUAAUAAACAGACGUCGAACGCACGCGGUUCUCCUGAAAUUCGUAUUUCGUGUAUCUGCGAUUGGUCGCUACGUAUUUGGCUCUGCCAGCUGCACCCCUCGCAGCUCGACAAAAAUACACAAAAUAAAAUAAAAAUAAAAGUGGAAGCAGCAGUAGAAGCUGAGGCAAAGCACCCACAAAUAGCAGAGAAAUAUAAAGCCGGUUCGGUUGCGCAGGCACGUCAAGGAUGCAAUGCAUUGAAUAUUUUGUAUCUUUGGGAUACAAAUUAAGUUGAUUUGUUGCGCUCGCCUUGUGUGCGCUUCGUUUACGUUGUUGUUCGGUUCGGCUUUAAGCUGCCUGCCAGCCUGAAUGCCAGCCGUGGCCUGGCCUGGGUAAUUGAACUGCAACCCAUUCCAUAAGCACUCUGCGGCCCGUCUUCGGCACUGCAUUUUGUGUAUCUAGAUACCUUUGUCGGUGCCGGUGUCGCUGCCAUUACAAUUUGACGACAGCAGCUGAGGCAGCAGCGGGCAACGAGUAUCUUGGCUGCUUGUCGCUUGUCAAUCUAGGCGCUGAUAAAAAAUAAAAACAAAAAAAAAACAAAACCACGAAACAUAAACCAAACCAACAACAACAACAACAAUAACAAUCGCAUAUAAAAAAGCAAGUGCCGUGAGUCGUGUGCGUAUCUUUGUUGCUUUUGGUCGCCAUGUUCAGUGAUAAAUGCAUUUCAUGCGUUCCAACUAUGUAAAUACCAAUUUAAUUUGAGUGUCUAUAGUAAAUAUCAAGCCCACCCCGCCAUCAGAUACAAAGCAAAGCGUUAAAAAAGGCAGUCACCAGUCAUCAGUUGGAAUCGCUGUCGUCGUUUUAUCGUUUCUCCUCGCCGUCGUCGUCACCGUCGCGGUCGUCGUCAUCGUCGUCAUCAUCCUCGUCCGACUGGGCUGGCAACCAAAUAUUGAAUAUUUACACAUGCAUUGCGUUGAGUGGAGUGCAUUUUCGAGUGGCUGCACUUACGAGCGUAUACCCCACUGCGGCAUCUAGGGAUAUACAUAUACUACAGAAAUACAUAUACAUAUACAAAACUUCGAGUUUGAAUAUAUCAUCAGUUUGUCAGCACAUAAUAUUCACAAUCGUGUAUCUGUGUAUCUGUGUGUGCUUGUGUAAUUGUGUGAGUGCCGUGUUAUCAUAUAGUUUGCUAAUUGGCUCGCUCAGAGAGCUCUGUAAGGGAAGACACUCUCAGACACUCCACAACGACGUCGAAUUGACUGAGGAUGCCCAUCGUCAUGGAUAUGAAUAUGUUGUUGAUGCUCAGUCUGGCAUUCACUGUGAUGGCACCUGCGUCGGCCAGCUCAUCGCGCUUCACUCAACCGCCCCAGAGCCAGGCCAUCGUUGAGAACGACGCCGCUGACUUUAGCUGCGAGGCCACCGGGCCCUCCGGCGACUUGCACUAUGAGUGGCUGCAUAAUGGUCAGCAAAUCGGAUACGACAGCCGCGUCCUGCAAAUUGGCUCCAAUUUGCGUAUCGAGUCGGUGCAGCGCGAGGAUGCCGGCGAUUACGUGUGCAUCGCAGCCAGCGCGGCCAGUGGAGCCAGGCAGGCAUCGCCGCCAGCUAAAUUGAGCGUGAUAUUCCUGGAUGCGGUCACUGUUCAACUGUUGGGCAGUAAUCGGAACGAGCUGUUGCUCAAGUGCCAUGUGGAGGGCGCCUCUGGCGAUGAGCCGCUGCAGAUCGAAUGGUAUCGCGACAGCGCCAAGCUGAGCAGCUGGCAGAACGUGGAGUUGCAGCAGCAUCGCCUGCUCGUCCGCCAGCCAAGCAGUGCCGAUGACGGACUCUAUCGCUGCAUUGCAUCGAAUGCGGCGGCUCGUGUGAUGAGCAAACAGGGCUAUGUGUAUGAGCAUCUGGCUAGUGUGGCGCCUGGGUCCACCAAGUGCCUGCCCAAGUUGAAGAGGAACCAAAAGAUGCCCGAGUCCUGGGGCAAGCAAGUGUUUCUGUGUCGCGGCAAGCGUGGCGGCUCCACAGGCAUGGAUCAAUCGCAGUCACUGCCGCCGUCGCCCGAAGGGCUGCGCAUCGUUCAGGGACCCAACGACAAGCUGAUCAUCAAGGAAGGCGAGCCGACCACCCUCAGCUGCCUCUAUGAACUGCCCGCCGAAUUGCAGAAUCAACGCAUUCAGUUGCGCUGGCGCAAAGAUGGCAAAAUUCUGCGCCAUGUGGAGCUGGGCGAUGCAGUUGUACCCGGUCUGGCGCUGGACCACGGCAAGGAUGCACUGGUGCGCGAGGACGGACGCUUGGUGCUGCACAAGCAGAACGGCACGCUCAGCUUCAACAGCAUCAUUGCCAGCGAUGCGGGCCAGUAUAUGUGCCAAAUCCAGCUGGAGGGACAUGCGCCAGUCAACUCGGCACCCGGCGCGCUGGAGGUCAUUGAGCAGCUCAAGUUCAUGCCGCAGCCAACAUCCAAGAAUCUGGAACUGGGCGCCCUGGGCAAGCUGCACUGCAAGGCGCAGGGCACGCCCACCCCGCAGGUGCAAUGGCUGAGGGAUGCGGCGAAUGGCAGCCUGCCCGAGCACGUGGACGACAUCAAUGGCACUUUAAUCUUUAGGAAUGUGAGCGCCGAGCAUCGGGGCAACUAUACGUGCGUGGCCAGCAACAGCCAGGGCCAGAUAAACGCCACGGUGGCCAUCAAUGUGGUGGUCGCGCCCAGGUUCAGUGUGGCGCCCGAGGGGCCCAUCGAGAGCAGCGAGCAAGGCGUCGCCGUUAUACACUGUCAGGCAAUUGGCGAUCCCAAGCCGACCAUACAAUGGGAUAAGGACCUGAAGUAUCUAAGCGAGAAUAAUACGGAUCGUCAGCGGUUCAGCUUCCUGGAGAAUGGCACACUCGAGAUACGCAACGUGCAGGCGGAAGAUGAGGGCAAAUACGGCUGCACCAUUGGCAACAGUGCCGGGCUGAAGCGUGAGGAGGUUCGCCUGCUGGUGCGCGGCAAUGGCGAUGGCUUCAUAACGGAGGAAUCGGCCGGCGAUGGUUUCCUGGUGACACGCGCCGUCCUCAUCACAAUGACCGUGGCGCUGGCCUACAUAGUGCUCGUGGUGGGUCUGAUGCUGUGGUGUCGCUAUCGCCGUCAGGCACGCAAGGCGCGCCUCAACGAGCUGAGCAUCAAGGAGGCGGGCGGUGACCAAGCGGAGUCGGGCAAGAACACGGAACAGGAGCCCUGCCUGUCCAAGCAGCGCAACGGGCACGGCAAGUCCCGGACAGCCGCCAAUGGCGAUGCUCAGAAAUCCGAUGAUACGGCUUGCAGUCAGCAGUCCAAGGCGUCCAAGAAAUCUGCCCAUAUCUAUGAGCAGCUGGCUCUGCCACGUUCUGGCCUCAGUGAACUAAUCCAAAUUGGCCGCGGCGAGUUUGGCGAUGUGUUCGUGGGCAAGUUGAAGGCCUCCCUGGUGGCAGCCGCCUCGCCCAGCGACAAGGAUGCCGACACGGAGAAGCAGCACAGCAACAGCGAGAAUGGCAGCGGUGCCAGUGGUGCCAGCGGCUGCGGCAGUGGCAGCACCACCCUCAGCACUCUGAACGAGAAGCGACGCUCCAAGACAUCCAUGGAUGACAUUGAGGAAAUCAAGGAGGAGGAACAGCCACAGGAGCAGGCACAGUCCGAGUCGACGGCCGAUCUUCUGGUGAUGGUCAAGGCACUCAACAAGGUCAAGGAUGAGCAGGCCUGCCAGGAGUUCCGUCGCCAGCUGGAUCUGCUGCGUGCCAUCUCGCACAAGGGCGUGGUUCGUCUGUUCGGCCUGUGCCGCGAAAAGGAUCCCCACUACAUGGUGCUGGAGUACACGGACUGGGGUGAUCUCAAGCAAUUCUUAUUGGCCACCGCUGGCAAGGUUAACACAGCCACCGCCACCUCCUCGCCACCACCACUAACCACCAGCCAGCUGCUGGCUGUGGCCUAUCAAAUAGCUCGCGGCAUGGAUGCUAUUUAUCGCGCUCGCUUCACCCACAGAGACCUGGCCACGCGCAAUUGCGUCAUCUCCAGUGAGUUCAUCGUUAAGGUCGCCUAUCCGGCCCUCUGCAAGGACAAGUACAGCCGGGAGUAUCACAAGCAUCGCAACACGCUGCUGCCGGUGCGCUGGCUGGCACCGGAAUGCAUACAGGAGGAUGAGUACACCACCAAGAGUGACAUUUUCGCCUUUGCUGUCGUCGUAUGGGAGCUGUUCAAUCAGGCGACAAAGCUGCCGCACGAGGAUCUAAGCAACGAGCAGGUGGUGCAGCGCUCGCUGGCCAAUACCCUGGAAUGGUCUGUGGCCGAGGGCACGCCCGAUGGCCUCAAGGAGAUUUUGCUCUCCUGCUGGUUGACCAAUCCCAAAGAGCGUCCGUCUUUCAGUCAGCUGGGAGCUGCACUUAGCAAGGCCAUGCAAGCUGCUGAGAAAUAGACGAUGAUGACUGACAUAGUGUUGGUAAACAAUUAAAAGAAAUAAUAGUAACAACAUGAUUCAUAUAAAAACGAAAAACAGUUUGCUAACUAUGCCAAAUAUAAUUUGUAGUAUUCUCUUAGUACAUAGGAACGGCUUAAAUUAAGUUUGAUCAAGUUCUGCGUCGUACUGAAUUAUUUUCAUAUGCUAGGCGCGUGUUCAACAUGCGUACUUAAUUCGUAAUUCAUAACUUAGGAUACGUCUAUCUAUUACUGUACAAACCAUAUAAGCAUUGAUAUCUUCUCAAAAGUAUUCACAUACAUACGUGGUGCUG